UUCCCUCUGAAUGUUUGACAUUUGCUCAUAGGUCUCUUUUGCGGUAUCUUCUGCACAUUUGUUUUGUAAAUUUGUAAACUAAAGCCAACAACUAAAACCAGUCGACUGCUGCCGAAAAGCGUGCUUGGAAUUUACGCCAUCGUGAUAAUAGUACCCCUCGCCAGAAGACAUUUGCCUGUGCGAUAACUUACGCGUCUUCGUUGCUUCGUUUUCGUACAUCGGCGUGUAUUUCCAUCACAAAAAAGGGCGCAAACAUCAUGGCCGGUUUAGAAUCGAUGAUAGUGGAAGAAAAACAACAGCCGAUGAAAUCGGUCGACCGAGAAAAGACCUGUCCACUGUUGCUGCGAGUGUUUUGCUCCACCGGACGCCAUCAUUCCACCAACGAGUACUCGUACGGCAAUGUGCCCUCGAACGAGCUACAGAUCUACACCUGGAUGGACGCAACGUUACGCGAACUGACGACGCUCGUGCGGGACGUAAACCCGGAGACGCGGCGCAAGGGCACGUACUUCGACUUUGCCAUCGUUUACCCGGAACGUGGAUCGAUGUACCGAAUGCGCGAGAUCGGCGUCACCUGCUCUGGCCAGAAGGGGGCGGACGACUCGAAAACCCUCGCCCAGGCCAAGUUUACGAUCGGAGACUUCAUGGACAUUAACAUAACGCCUCCAAACCGGGUCCCACCGCCCCGACGCCAGCGACCGUACUAGGGCAGCAUGUGCACGUGCGAAAUGUACGCGUGAAAGGAUUCUUCUCCCCUUUGAGCUGCUGAACGACCAGAGAACCAAAUCUGCCACAAACGAGCACAGGCUUUUUUAAGGAAGGGACGAUUGCUUUUUUUUUGUGUAGAAAUCUGGAGAAGUGCUAAAACACAGUGUGUAGUUUUACAUUUUAAGUGAAUGAUUUUCCAUCGCACACACUGAAAUGGAAAACUUUAUUUCAUCUGUCGCUUCUUCAGAUUUGAGUGUGUGUGUGUGCUCCCUUUGAUUGAAUUUAAUCUUAGAAAAGCAAACGAACUGCAUGUAAGAGAGUGUUCCCCCUUUGCCAGCGACAAACGCGAGCGCUGAUUAUAAUAAAUACGACUUUUCCUACA